AUGUUAUUAUUCCUACUGUUAUUUCUACCUAUUGUAGCAAUGAAACAUGUUGCCAAAAAAGAAGAUAUUUCAUGCAACGGUCUUAUAUUCGACCACGUCUAUUUCGACAGGGAAGUCUUAGUUGAAAAUCUUGGCAGGCCAUACAAUUUGGUGCUCCAUAAAUUUUCUGGAACGCUAUUCUUCAGUCACACAAUCCAAAAAGGUACGGAAGUAGACUUUGAGAUAAUGUCUUGUAAUUUAAAUAAGAAAACUUGUAAGCCAAUAGAAGGAGUGGCGGGUGGCUACGCUGUUGCGUACGAUCCAGGAAACGAUGAUAUAUAUUUCGGUGGUCACGAUGGGAUUUAUAAGUAUAAUUUUCUUACAAAGUCCGCUGAAUUCUUUGCGGAGGAUGGCAAGUCUAUAUGGGAAUUGUUUGUGAGAAAGAAUUUUUACUACAUUGAAUAUCCUACACAGAAACUAUAUGUAUAUGUAGAUGACAGAUUUGUGCAGGUUGAAGAGGCGAUUAAGAUAGAAGUUGAUCAUUUCUUCGUCACUAAACAGUCAGACGUGUAUUUCUCAAACAGGACAGCGCUAUAUAAAGUAGAAAAGGUUAGUAAGAGUACUAUCGUAUUGGAUGAUGAUAUAGCGGUACGACAAAUAGUGCAAGAUAGCUAUGGAGAUAUAUAUUUUUGUGGUAGUAGUGGAAUCUACGUUGAAGAUAAACCUUAUCACAGAAUAAAGAAAGUGGCUGAAAUUGAUAAUGCAUUUGGAAUGACAUUUGAUGAAAAAGAUCAUGUGAUAUAUUCUGAUAAAAAUGCAAUAUACAGAUUACUUCCAAGUAAGAAGAAUUUAAUUUGUUACGAAAUGAUAACAGCCCAAUUACAGAAAGAAGAAAAGGGUUUCAGAGAGUAUUUAAUAAAUAUGUUUACCAUAGUUUUUAUAAUAUUUAUGAUUGUGAAACCUGGAAUGUUCAUACCGAACGGUACUUGUGAUAGAAUACGUAUUGAAAAUAAUUGGUACCAAAAAGAAAUUAUAUGGAAAAAUCUUGGAAGACCCUACAAUCUGAACAUUCAUAGAGGAUCUAAUACACUAUUUUUUAGUUAUACAGUUCCCGAAUUAUAUACAGAUGUUGAUUUUCAAUUAGCCUAUUAUAAUUUAUUUAAUAAGGAAUAUCAAACAAUCGUUGGUAUUAGAGGAGGUUGCGCGGUUGGUAUAGAUCAAGCUAAUGAUGAUAUUUAUCUCGGAGGUAGCGAUGGAAUCUACAAAUAUAAUGUGAUGACAAAAAUAGCUGAUUUCUAUAAAGAGAAAGGUGUCAAUAUCUGGGCAUUAUUUUACAAGAAAAAUCUCUUCUACAUAAGUUAUCCAGAUCAAAAAUUACACAUAGAAGUUGAUGGUAAAUUCGCACCUGUGAAGGAAUUCGAGAGAAUGGAAGUUGAUCACUUCCAUAUAAAUACAGACAAUGUUAUAUACUUUGCAAAUAAAACCGGUUUAUAUAAGUAUAACAGUCUUGUGAAUGUAGUUGAAAUAUUAAACGAUUUAAUAACUGUAAGACAAAUAGUUGACGAUAAUAAUGGAGAUCUAUAUGUUUGCACUAAUAUUGGUUUAUUUAUGGAAAAAAAGACUGAAGGAUUUGUAAAAGUGCUUGAAAUGAAGAAUCUUCAUGGUUUAGCUUUUGAUAAAGAUAAUAAUUUUGUAUUGUCUGAUGAAAAAUCAGUUAUGAAGCUCACUGAGAGCAAGUCUGGUUGUAUGUCUAGCGAUGAUCAUUGGUAA